CUAGAUCCCAAGAUAUUGAAAGCAUAGAUAAUCCUUCAAGAUGGUUGGCCUACCUAGAAUGUAUGUGCGCCAGCUCAGCUACUUGGGUCUUUUCACGGUUAUGUCGAUUAUCUUGAUUUUGAUCGCCAAUAAACAAAAUGUUAUAUACUUAGAUGAUUAUUUACCCGUCAAUUUUACCCCUUCCUUUUUCCAACCGGCUUCAGAUAUUUAUAUAGUAGAUAUUUCAAUUGGGAACUGUAUGAAACUUGGUGGGAAAAGCGAAAAAUGUGGAGUUCCCGAUGAUAAUCAUGGUGCAUUAGGUAACCUUUACCAAUCCGGCGGGUGGGUUAAAAUUGAUAAAGAUUUGAUGAUGGAUAACUCAUGGGUUAAAAGAAAGUUCUUCUCUUAUAAAAAGGUCAAAAAUGAGGCUUUAAGAGGUAGAAUACAGAAACCUGAAUCGGAAUUAGCCUCUGAAGAAAAAUCAAAGAGGGCUGCAAUUAAAAAUACAAAAUCAGACAAUGGUGAUCAUCGCGUUUUAGUUGAUAUCGCUAUAUCUAAUCCUUUAAAAGAUUCUAAAUUUGAGGGUAAUGAAAAAUUGCAGAUCCCUGAAGCUGUUUUAAAAGACUUUCAUUCAAAUAGAGUCUUCAAUGAUAAUGAUCACGAAUCUUUAGUUGCAGCUCAGGCUAUGAAACAAAAGGGAGAAAAAACUGAAGCUUUGACCGUGGAUAAAGAUAAAUCAGCUAGUAAGAAAAUUAAUGAACUUAAUAUAAAAUUAGAACAAGAACAAAAAGAAGAAGAAAAAUCCAAAAACAUCAAAGAAUCUCAAGAAAAAGCAGAUAAAGCAAAUACACCUCCUCAAAAACAAGAAGGAGAUGUUUCUGCUGAUUUUGAAGAAGAAGUGUCGAAAAAUGUUCCUCCUAAAAACGAAGAAGUUGUCGAAUAUAAAGAAGCAGAAGGUGCAGAAAAUGAUUCUGGAAAAGCAAAUGAUAAGAAAGAGAAAAGAAAAAUGGAAUCUAGUAGAUUUGAUUUGGAUAUUCUGUACACUAUCCCCACCAAAGAGCAAUUGAAUGAAAAAGGCUGGUAUUAUAAGUCAAAUGGUAUUUGGGUAAAAUAUGGUCUGAGCUCUAAUAAAAACGUUAUAACCGGGUUUGAUAUAUUAUUCGGGGAUGACUGUGUAGAGCCCAGACCAAAUUGGAAACUCAUUAAAACUCCUAUACUUGACAUUGGUGGUGUCUCCGGUUUAGAGGCAUAUGUAACCGUAAGAAAAGGUCCCAGAAUUGACUAUAAAAAGAAGGAAUAUCAACCCACUCUUAAAAUUAAUCCUGAUGGAAAGUUUAAAAUCUUACAAGUUGCUGACUUACAUUUUUCUACUGGUGUUGGUAAAUGCCUUGACCCGGUUCCAGCAGAAUCUAAAAAAGGUUGUAAAGCUGAUCCAAGAACCUUGGAAUUUCUCGAAAAAGUUUUGGAUAUAGAGAAACCCGAUCUUGUUGUCUUGACUGGUGAUCAAAUCUUUGGUCAAGCCUCCCCUGAUGCUGAGACUUCUAUUUUCAAGGCUUUAAACCCUUUCAUCAAAAGAAAGAUCCCUUUCGCAGUCACUUUAGGUAACCAUGACGAUGAAGGGUCUUUGAUCAGGGCUGAAGUCAUGAGUCUAUCAUCAAAUUUACCAUUUUCUUUUGCAAGUUUAGGACCUGAAGAAGUUGCCGGUGUCGGAAAUUAUGUUUUGACCGUUCAAGGUCCAAAAUCUAAAAACCCUGCAUUAUCUUUAUAUUUCCUCGAUAGUCAUAGUUAUUCUCAAAACCCGAAAGUUACUCCAGGCUACGAUUGGUUGAAAGAAUCACAAUUGAAAUGGCUUGAACAACUGCAUAACAGUUUGAAAAAAGAUAUCAGCUCUUAUUCCCAUAUCCACUUAUCAAUGGGCUUCUUCCACAUUCCUUUACCUGAAUUUAGAAAACUUGAUCAACCAUACAUUGGUGAACAACGUGAAGGUAUUACUGCGCCAAGGUAUAAUACCGGUGCAAGAUCAAUAUUUGGUAGAAUCGGGGUGAGUGUUAUCAGUACUGGUCAUGAUCACUGUAAUGACUACUGUUUACAAGAUGUUGAAAAUAAGGAAUCUUCGAAUGAGAAUAAAAUGUGGCUUUGUUACGGUGGUGGUUCUGGUUUAGGUGGAUACGGUGGAUAUGGUGGAUACAUAAGAAGAAUGAGAACUUUUGAAAUUGAUACCAAUAAUGGUGAUAUAAAAUCAUGGAAAAGAGCUGAAAAUGAACCCGAAAAUGAUUUUGACCAACAGAUCUUAGUUUCCGGCGGUAAUGUGGUGAACUUUUAAUCAAAUUACUUCAUCUUCAAAAGAGUUUUAUAGAAUAUUUUGUCUUGAAC